CAAAGCAAGCAAAGGCUUUGAGACAACAUUAAAAAGGAGAAAUGAAAAGAAAACAGCUUGACCAACUUUUCAAUUCAAAACCUUAACUUCAAACUCAAAAGUAGUGUUUUAUCCACCUCUUUCUCAGCCUUGUUCCACUCAGCACUCGAUGAUUCUGUUGUCCCCUAAACCCACAUGCAUUCUGUUCAACAAACCCAUAAACCCUUUCUCCAAAUCAAACCAUCCUAAACCCCAUCACCAAAACAACACAACACCCAGUUCAAACCACCACAUUUCUUGCAAAUCCGAAUACAAAACCGAAAGGGGUCUUCAAUUCGACGUCGGCGACACCUUCUUCCGCCACGAAAGCGCCACCGGGCGCGACCUCGCCGUUCUCGCCGCCGCAAUCCACAAAAAGGCCAAUAAUGACAAGCUCCGAGUUCUUGACGCAAUGUGUGGCUGCGGCAUCCGUUCUCUGCGUUACUUGGUUGAAGCGGAUGCUGAUUUUGUGCUUGCUAAUGACGCGGAUGAUUUUCACAGGAGUGUGGUUUUGUCGAAUUUGUCGGCGAAGGUUCCAAGAAUUUCGGAGGAUGGUAGGGGGAGGAGGUGGUUGGUUACAAAUGACGAUGCGAAUAGAGUGAUGAUGGAGUGUUGUUUGAGGAGGGAUUAUUUUGAUUUUAUCGAUAUUGAUUCUUUUGGUAGUGAUUCGAGUUUUUUGAGGUCUGCAUUUGAGGCUUUGAGGUUUGGUGGUUUGGUGUAUGUUACUUCUACUGAUGGAUAUACUUCCGGUGGUCAUCGUCCUCUUCACUCUUUAUCUUCUUAUGGAGCAUAUAUUUGUCCUAUGCCAUACUGCAAUGAGCUUGGUUUGAGAAUGCUUAUAGGUGGGGCCAUUCGUGAAGCUGCAGUGCUGGGUUACUAUGUUACGCCACUUUUUUCAUAUUAUUCAUACCAUGGACCUGUUUUUAGAGUUUUGCUCCGUGUCAAUCGAGGAAAGCUUCCCAUCAGCAGGCAUUAUAAUUUUAUCAGAUACUGCAGUGAGUGUGGAAAUUCUGAAGCAAUAUCGUGGGACAAACUAGGCCAACUGAAUUGCCCGUGCAACUCAAAUGUUCCUGGGUCACUUGUUGUUUCAGGUCCUCUUUGGACAGGGCCUCUUCACAGCAAAAGCUAUCUUGAAGAAAUGCUAAAUUUGGCUGAAGAAUGGGGAUGGAUAGGCAACAAUAUUGGAGUAGAUCUUGAGAAGCUAUUGAAGUAUAUGAUAGAUGAAAGUGACCCUCAAUUACCAUUUGGAUACAUCAAGUUGGAUGAGGUCUCAAGCCGUGGGAAGAUUAAUUCCCCUCCACUCAGGAGCAUGCUGAGCUCCUUGCAGAAGAAUGGAUACACUGCAAGCAGAUCACAUAUUGAAUCCAAUGCAAUCAAGACAAAUUGUCCAAUGUCAAUGUGCAUCAUGAUCGCAAAGGAACUCCAAGCAUGCUAAGUAGUGUUUAAUAUUUGUGCUUAGAAGCAAUUUAAUUGCUGGACUGUUGCAAUGACCACUUGAUUUUGAAGUAGCAGGUGAUCUAUUGCACAUAGUGUUCUAUUUGUCAGCUUAUAUGGAAUUUGACAUUAGUUGUGUGCGGUUCAUAAUCUAGUAUUAUUUACUGAUAUUUUGUCAGAGAUUUAUGCAUCUAUGUUAACUCGCUUAAUUGCU